GAGAGACUGGAGAAACCUGGAUGAAGGAAAAAAGGAAGAGAGGGAGAGAGACUUGAGUGGUGGACGUGCAUAUACUUUAACAAUAAACGAGUGUUUGAGUGUUGUUAUUUAACUAUGAAAAACGUACAAAGUGAAGCUUUCUGUAAGGAGAUUUUGAGGUUGUGGUAAAUAUUAAUAAACAUACAGGUAGCAGUACGUGAAUUAUGAUUGCCUUACAUACUUGCAAAGGAGUAUGCAACUAAACUAGUAUGCUAAAACACAAGCAUUCAAGUAAGCUAGUAUGCAAACGAAUUAGUAAGUGGAGAUGAAGUGUGUCGGAUGGUGACUGCACUGCUGUUCCAUCCCGUCAACACUUUAAGAACAAGCAAAGCUUGAUGCCUGCAAGGAAUCUGCUGAUCUGUACAACACACAUACACACACACACACACACACAAAUGCAUGCUCAUUCACACACCUGGUUUGGGGGGACUUUGUUUAGAUUGUUAACAGAUGGCUUGGAAAAUGUAUGUAAGUUGUGCACAGACUAAUGCACAUGCUUACACAUGCAUACACAGGCUAGAAUCCUAUAUGGUGCAGAUUGGAGGGUUUUUUUUGCGCCAGAAGAAAUUGUGUCUAAGAAAUGGUUAACAGAGGAAUGUUCAUGAAGUCUGUCUUUGUGCUCCUCCUCUUUCUCUCUCGCGCUCUCGCUCGCUCUCUCUCAUACACACAACCAGGAAGUGACUCCUCAUUUCAGGGAAAACGAAACUCAGAGCGCCGCUCUCUCUCUCUCUCUCUCUCUCUCUCUCUCUCAGUGUGUGAGUGCAGGAAAAUGGCUGAGGCCAGUAUUUCUGUAGAUCAGCUUUCAGUGGAUCAGUUCAGCUGUCCAAUCUGUCUGGAUCUACUGAAGGAUCCAGUGACUAUCUCCUGUGGUCACAGUUUCUGUAAGGUGUGUAUUAAUGACUGCUGGGAUCAGGAAGAUAAGAGCGGAGUUUAUAGCUGUCCUCAGUGCAGAGACACUUUCACUCCAAGGCCUGUUCUACGCAGAAACAACAUGCUGGCUGAAGUGGUGGAGAAACUGAAGAAGAAGACUGAAGUCCAAGCUGCUUCUCCUGCUCACUGUUACGCUGGACCUGGAGAUGUGGAGUGUGAUUUCUGCAGCAGGAGAAAACACAAAGCCGUCAAGUCCUGUCUGAUGUGUCUGGCCUCCUUUUGUGAAACUCAUCUGAAACCUCACUAUGAAAUUAAUGCUUUGAAAAAGCACAAGUUAGUGGAAGCCUCUGGAAAUCUACAAGAGAAGAUCUGCUCUGAGCAUGAUAAAGUGCUGGAGAUCUACUGUCGUACUGACCAAAGCUUCAUCUGUUAUCUGUGUAUGACGGAUGAACACAAAAGCCACGACACCGUCUCAGUUAAAGCAUACAGAACUGAAAAACAGAGUGAGCUAAAGGAGGAGCAGAUGAAAUCCCAGCAGAGAAUCCAGGAGAAGCAGAAGAAGGUGCAGGAGCUGAAACAGGCUGUGAACACUAUAAAGCUGAGUGCACAGACAGCAGUGGAGGACAGUGAGAGGAUCUUUACUGAGCUGAUCAGCUCCAUGGAGAAAAAGCGCUCGGAGGUGACGGAGCUGAUCAGAGCUCAGGAGAAGACUGAAGUGAGUCGAGCUGAACGACUCCUGGAGCAACUGGAGCAGGAGAUUGCUGAUCUUCAGAGGAGAGUCAGUGAGCUGGAGCAGCUUUCACACACACACGAUCACAUCCAUUUCCUCCAGAGUCUCCAGUCUCUCUGUGUGUCUUCUGGAUGUGAGGACUCACCCAGCAUCACUGUCAAUCAACAUCUCUCAUUUGAUGGAGUGAGGAAAUCUCUCUCUGAUCUGAAAAAGAGACUGGAGGAAUUCUGCCAGGAGGAAUUCAUCAAAAUCCCUAGACAUGCUGCAGCAGUUCAGAUGAUUUUACCCUCAGAGCCAAAGAGCAGAGAAGAUUUUCUGCACUAUUUCUGUGAUCUGACUCUGGAUCCUGACACAGUAAAUUAUAACCUCAUUCUGUCUGAGAAGAACAGAGUGGUGAAGUGCAGUGAGAGAAAGGAGCCGUACUCUGAUCAUCCAGAGAGAUUUGACUCUCGGUGGCAGGUGUUGAGUAAGGAGAGUGUGUGUGGACGCUGUUACUGGGAGGUGGAGUGGAGCGGUGAGAAGUGUGUGUCCAUAUCAGUCUCAUAUAAAGACAUCAGCAGGAAAGGACGGGGUAAUGAGGGGUGGUUUGGAGGCAACAAUCAGUCCUGGAGUCUGUGGUGUUAUUCUUCAUCUCUUUCUUUCUAUCACAACAACAUUGAGACUAAACUCAGAGUUCCAUCAUCCUCCAGAAUAGGAGUGUAUGUGGAUCACAGUGCAGGAACUCUGUCCUUCUACAGCGUCUCUGACACGAUGAAGCUCCUCCACAGAGUCCACACCACAUUCACUCAGCCUCUAUACGCUGGAUUCAGUUUACCUUAUAGACGGUCAAGUGUGAGAUUAUGUGAUCUAAAAUAAAAGGUAGUUUUUACAUGAA